AUGAAGGUCAACGUGGUUAACUUCUCCAGCAGCUGGAAUGAUGGACUGGCGUUCAACGCCCUCAUCCACAGCCAAAGGCCCGAGCUUUUUGACUGGAACUCAGUUGAGAAGAAGACGGCAACAGACAGACUUGAGCAUGCCUUUAGUAAGGCCGAAGAACACCUGGGGAUAGACAGACUGCUGGACCCUGAGGUGCCGGGGGCGCACGCCAAAGCUGGAGAGGCCAUCAAGUUUGUUACCAGAGCCAAAACCGUUCUGUUCUGCUGCGUAGAUGUGGCGGUCUCUCACCCCGACAAGAAGAGCAUCAUCAUGUACGUGACGUCGCUCUUCCAAGUCUUCCCCCAAAGCGUGUCCCUGGAAGCGAUUCGGGAGGUGGAGACGCUGCCCCCGGCGACCACCGGAGGCGUCACCCGGGUUACGACAGAGGAGCACUACCAAAUCCAGACCAAGCAGCGCUACUCGCAACAGAUCACGGUGAGUGUGGCUCAGGGCCGAGUGCAGAGCCCCUCUCCUCAGCCUCGCUAUAAAAGCUAUGCCUACACCCAGGCUGCCUAUGUCACCUCGCCAGAGCAAAAGAGGAGGCGCUAUACUGAUCAGGUCCUCAGUCCCAACCAGGAGGAGCUUCAGCGGGGUCUCAGCCCGUUGCCUCCAGGCUCGACCAGCCUGGAGAGCUAUCAGGCUUCGCUGGAGGAGACUAUAAAAAUCUGCCUGCAAAAGGUGCUGACGUGGCUGCUGUCGGCUGAAGAUGGCCUCCAGGGACAGCCUCCCAUCUCCAACCACGUGGAAGAGGUCAAGGAGCAGUUCCACACCCACGAGGGGUACAUGGUAGAGCUGACCACACACCAGGGCAGCGUGGGGCGGGUCCUCCGGGCCGGGGCCGCCCUGCUGAGCGAGGGAAACCUUUCCGAGGAGGAGGACUCGGAGAUCAGGGAGCAGAUGAACCUGCUGAACUCCCGGUGGGAGCACCUGAGGGUGGCUAGCAUGGAGCGACAGAGCCGCCUCCACCCCCUGAACUGUGAGCUGUGUCUCAAUCCCAGACUCCACGAGGUCCUGAUGGACCUGCAGCACCAGCAGCUUCAGCAGCUCACCGACUGGCUGGACGUGACCGAGGCUCGGAUCAAGAGGAUCGGGGCUCAGCCCCUGGGUCCUGAUCUGGAGGAUAUCAAGCACCAAGUCGAGGAGCACAAGCUCCUGCAGGAGGACCUGGAGCUGGAGCAGGUGAGGGUGAACUCCCUCACGCACAUGGUGGUGGUGGUGGACGAGAGCAACGGGGACAGCGCCACCGCCGACCUGGAGAGCAAGCUCCAGGUAGCGUAG